AUUUUUCUGCUUUUAACUUUAUGUGAGGCUUGGGAGUAUACCUUCGUCUGAAAGAGGUGGCUGUGACUGGAAGGGCACAAUUAACAGAGCUGAUAUGGCAGACAGGUGGACAAUACUGGCUGUUCCCCUCGUCUGCCUCACACUUCUUGGAAGCCUGCUCGUUCAUUGGCCCACACUGUUGAACACGUUCCAGAGACCCAAACCUUUAUCUAACCCAAGACCUAAACUGAAAUCCACCAUCUCUUUUAACAUUGCCAAUAUGCCUACAAUCGAAUCCACCAUCCCUGUUAAUGUCACCACAACGACUGUUCUGAUUUGGUACUGGGCAUUUGGAUUUAAUCAGGGCAUAAGUCCAAAUGUGUGCAAAGAAAGGUUUGGCAUUCCCAACUGUAUGUUGUCAGAUGAUCGGUCAUUGUUCCCGAAGGCAGAUUUUAUUAUUUUUCACAACCGUGAGCUGAUCACUGGACAACAGAGGCUGCCCUUACAGUUACCCCGUCCACCAAAUCAGGGGUGGGUAUGGUUCUCCAUAGAAAGCCCACCCCACAAUGGCAAUUUGAGGCCUUUUGCAGGCAUGUUUAACUACACCAUGUCUUAUAGGCGUGAUGCAGACUUCUUUAUGCCGUAUGGCUGGUUGGCACCACGGCUUGUUGGACCUGGGAUGACAGUUGAAGAUUUCAUUCCAAAAGAGAAGUCUCAUUUGGCUUGUUGGAUUGUGAGCAAUUACGCAGACCAUCAUAGGCGAACACAGGUAUACAAUCGACUGAAACAAGUCAUAAAUGUGGAAGUGUAUGGAGGAGGGGCAGUAAACGGUAGACGUGUAGCUAGUGAAGACCUGUUACCCACCAUCUCCCACUGCUACUUCUACCUGGCCUUUGAGAACUCUGAAUUCCAAGACUACAUCACAGAGAAGUUAUGGAAAAAUGCCUUCAUUGGGGGAGCUGUGCCGGUCGUUUUAGGUCCACCUCGUAAGAACUAUGAGGCCAUGAUUCCAAAAGAUUCCUUCAUUCAUGUGGAUGACUUCGAAUCCGAAGAGGAGCUCGGUCAAUUCCUCAAACAGUUGGCUGGAGACAGGGAACGCUAUACCUCAUACUUUAAGUGGAAACUGAACUACACGGUGACACAAACUAGCAACUGGCUAGUGGAACCAGAGUGCAGAAUUUGUACAAAACUCACCACUUUACAAAGACCCAAAGUGUAUAGGGAUUUACAAUCUUGGGAAUGGAAAUGAAAAAUAAAAAGACA